AGUGCCGGUUGGCGGCUGUUGCUCCGCAGUGGGAGAACGAGCGAGCGACGCGCUAAGGCGCCGUCUCCCCGCCGCGAGCACUGUCCCGCGAGGGCCCGCCACAGCAACGCGGAGGGAGGGGUGAGAAAAAAAGCGGACCGCACCCGCCGCAGCCAUGUCUGUGGUGGGCAUCGACCUGGGCUUCCAGAACUGCUACAUCGCGGUGGCGCGGAGCGGCGGCAUCGAGACCAUCGCCAACGAGUACAGCGACCGCUGCACCCCAGCUUGUAUAUCUUUGGGAUCCAAAGCCCGGACUAUUGGAAAUGCAGCAAAAAGCCAGAUUAUCACAAAUAUUAAGAAUACAAUACAUGGAUUUAAAAAGCUGCAUGGGAGAGCAUUUGAUGAUCCUUUUAUAAAGGCUGAGAGAUACAAACUGCCAUAUGAGCUUCAGAAAUUACCUAAUGGGAGUGUAGGAGUGAAGGUACGCUAUUUGGAUGAAGAGAGAUUAUUUGCUAUUGAACAAGUUACUGGAAUGCUAUUGGUUAAGCUUAAGGAGACAUCAGAAAGUGCACUUAAAAAGCCUGUAGCUGAUUGUGUCAUUUCAAUCCCAAGCUUUUUUACUGAUGCUGAGAGAAGGUCUGUGAUAGCAGCAGUGCAAGUGGCAGGUUUAAAUUGCUUGAGACUAAUGAAUGAAACUACAGCAGUUGCUUUAGCUUACGGAAUUUAUAAACAGGAUCUACCAACCCUAGAGGAGACACCAAGGAAUGUGGUUUUUGUGGACAUGGGACAUUCUGCAUACCAGAUUUCUGUUUGUGCUUUUAACAAAGGAAAAUUAAAGGUACUUGGUACUACAUUUGACCCCUUUUUGGGUGGUAGAAACUUUGAUGACGCUUUGGUAGAUUACUUCUGCGAAGAGUUCAGGAUCAAGUAUAAACUUAAUGUUAAGGACAAUGCUCGAGCGUUGCUGCGAUUAUAUCAGGAGUGUGAAAAACUGAAGAAGCUGAUGAGUGCAAAUGCUUCUGAUCUUCCAGUAAACAUAGAAUGCUUUAUGAAUGACAUUGAUGUCUCUAGCAAAAUGAACAGGGCUCAAUUUGAACAAUUGUGUGCAUCUCUUCUGGCCAGAGUAGAACCUCCUUUGAGAGCAGUGAUGGAACAAGCUAAACUACAGCGUGAAGAUAUAUACAGUAUAGAAAUAGUAGGUGGAGCAACUCGUAUCCCAGCUGUGAAGGAGCAGAUUUGCAAAUUUUUCUGUAAAGAUAUAAGUACCACAUUAAAUGCAGAUGAAGCUGUUGCAAGGGGUUGUGCAUUACAGUGUGCAAUUCUGUCCCCAGCAUUUAAAGUUCGUGAAUUUUCCAUCACAGAUGUUGUUCCUUACUCAAUUACUCUGAGGUGGCAAUCAUCUUAUGAGGAAGGAACAGGUGAAUGUGAAGUCUUCAGCAAAAAUCAUGCUACUCCAUUCUCAAAAGUUAUUACUUUCCAUAAAAAAGAGCCUUUUGAACUGGAAGCAUUUUAUACACAUCCUCAUGAUGUUCCUUAUCCUGAUACAAGAAUAGGCCAUUUUGUUAUUCAAAAUGUUGGUCCCCAACACGAUGGUGAUAAUUCAAAAGUUAAAGUUAAAGUGCGAGUUAAUAUCCAUGGAAUCUUCAGUGUGGCUAAUGCAUCUGUUAUAGAGAAGCAAAAUUUGGACAAUGAUCUUAAUGAUAUUCCAAUGGACACAGAAUUGUCAUGUAAGAAUCAAAGCAAAGAAGAACUGGCUAAAAUGCAGAUUGAUCAAGAUGAUGGUAAUCACAAGAGCCAAAUGGAACAACAGGGUCAAGCAGAUGAGGAAGCUGAUCAAAUAGGGACUGAAGGAAAGACUGCUUCAGGAGACAAGAUUGAUAUAAAUCAGUCAUGCAAAACUAAAACAAAGAUCAAGAGUAUUGAUCUACCUAUCCAUGUUAAUUUAUACAGACAGGUUGGACAGGAUCUUAUUAAUUGCUACAUUGAAAAUGAGGGGAAGAUGAUGAUGCAAGAUAAGCUGGAGAAGGAGAAAAAUGAUGCUAAAAAUGCCGUUGAAGAAUAUGUGUAUGAUUUGAGAGAUAAGCUUUGUGGGGUCUAUGAAAAAUUCAUAACUGAAGAUGAUUCAAGAAAGAUAACAUUAAUGUUAGAGGAUACAGAAAACUGGCUUUAUGAAGAUGGAGAAGACCAACCAAAACACGUAUAUGUGGAAAAACUUCAGGAAAUGAAAAAAUUUGGUGGCCCUAUUCAUGAUAGAUAUAAGGAAUAUGAAGAAAGACCAAAAGCUUUACUUGAUUUGGAAAACAAACUCCAGCUGCUUAGGAAAGCUCUAGAAGGAUACGAAAAUAAGGAUGAAAAAUACGAUCACAUUGAUCCUGUUGAUAUGGAAAAGGUUGAAAAAUAUGCCAGUGAAGCUAUGCGCUGGUUGAGCUCGAAGAUGCAUGCACAGCACAGAUUGAGCUUAACGCAGGAUCCUAUUAUUAAAGUGGCAGAAAUAAUAGCAAAAUCUAAGGAACUGGACAGUUUAUGUAAUCCAAUUAUUUAUAAACCUAAGCCCAAGGCAGAACCACUGUCUGAAGAUCAAGAAAAAUCUAAUAGUGAACACAACAGGCCAAUGAAUGGACAAAGCGGCACUGAUACUAAAUUAGAAGACAGUUACCAGCAGCCUAAAUCAUCUGAAGAAAUGGAUGUGGACUAAGUUUUACAUUUCUUUGAGUUCAUUAAAAACAGUGCAAGUAAUCAGAGGGUCCAUUUUUCUUUUGUCUAAUUCACACUACGUAUGUUCAGUUAUUUAGAAAACUUUCUGUCCUUUGUUCUUUUCAGUAAGUUUGAAAGUGUUUUUCUAUUGAGUGCAUUCCCAUUGUUCAUUCCAUUGAUGCAGCUUAUUGUGAAGCUUUAGUUGAAUGUAGAUUGUAAUCAGUUGAAGCUUUUACGAUAUAUUUUAUAUCAAAGAGGCAGAAUUGAUAUAUAAAUGACAACAAUCUACCUUAUUUAAAGCUUUUAUUGUGGGUAAGCCGCUGCUCCUUUAUUCAGGAAAGGCCACUGUAUUGCACUUUUGAUGCUGAAGUAUAGAUUUUUGCAUCUUUAUUUUAGAAGAUACUCAGUUUGAUGUGGCUUGAAUAUUGCCACCAGAAGCACUGACCUUUUUCUAAUUGUUGUACUGUUCUAAUUUAAAUAUUAAAAUAGAGGUUAGUUGGCAAACUAGUUCAUCUUGAUGUACCAUGAAAACCUGUAAGAACUUUGUUGACCAACAUCUAAAGCUUGAAAGGAGCUCACACCAGCACCAUUUUUUGUCAUCAAAUUAGUAACAUGAUUCAAAAUAAAACUCGUGGUCCCCGUGUUCACACAGUCCUGUAUCAUAUUUUGUGUUGAUGCUGAGACACUCUUAAAAUUGUAAUAAUAUGGAAUUGGAAGAUUGUAACCAGAGAGACAUGCUUUCAUUUCUCUUAAUUACCUCUGGUCUAACUGGCUUGGGUUCAUUCAGAAUGCUGCCUUUGCCUGUUUUUUAAAAAUGCCCUCCUUGGAAUUAAAAGUAGAAAAUACACCCAGAACAUUGUCAUAAAUUAAUAUUACUUAUACAGCAUUCCUUAUUUGAAAUAUUUCUCCUGUUUUACUUGGCAAAAUAGUACUCUUGUUUCAGAGUUUGUGCUUGGAAAAAGUUCACAGUAGUAAUAGUUUUUUAGCAAAUGUCCCAAGCAUUUGCAGAAUAUCAUUUGAUCCAUCUUUAACAAAUAGAUAAAACAAACUAUUAACAUUUAAGCUUAAUAUUAUCAGUACAGAUAAAUCUAAAAAAUAAUCUUAAAACUUUUUGAUUAGCAAUUAUUAUUUUUUUUGUCGAAGUAAUUAUGUAGCGACUUGAGAAUCCUUCAUUGCUCACUCCAAUUUUUGGCUGAAACGCAUCUAUGCUUUUGCAAAAAUAUUGUAAGUAAUUCAGAUUUCUUUUUACUCCACUAUUGAACGUAUAGGUUGAUUAGCUAAGUUAUUUAGAUUUAACAGACUGGAUCCUAAAGAAGGGAUCUGUUUUCUGCUGAGGCCAAAAAAAAAAAGAUUUUUUUCUUCAGAAAGCACAGACAUAUUAUUUUGGCCUAAGGAAGAUUUAUUUUGUAUGUUAUUUUUCUGAUUAUAGCAUAUUUUUCAGUAUAUCCUAUACAUAUUGGUGUGGUAUGAUAGACAGUGCCUUCCCAUCUGGCCCAAUUUGUUAAAGAGGAGAGUAUCAUAAAAACAUUUUAACAGUAGUGUUUUGUAUAACUGUUAGUUAUUUGGAAUUGAUAUUCCUGAUUUGCCUACUAUUGUUGAGUCAGCCCAUCAUGCUGGCCAGUGGAUUAUAACCCAAUUGCUUUGGAACAUACCGUAAGUAACAAAAAGAGGAUAGUUUACUAUGAGAACCCAUUACAUAAGACAUUAAGCACAUUUUUACACUAUUUUGGCUUAUAUUUCUGCUGUUUAUGCAAUCAGUUUUGUAUAAGCAGUAAUUAUAGAAGACUUUUCAGGUAAAUAGUCUACUUAUUUAAGCCUGUGGUAAAUGUUGAAUAUGUAUAUGCUACUAUAUAUUAAUUCAGUGUAUGGUAUUAUAAGGGGUCUAAAUUUUAUGAUUUAUUCUAAACCCUCUGGUUUAGGAUGUGAUAGGUCUGCAUAAUGAUUUAUUCUUCCCACUGUUAGCUAUGAUUUAGUUGACUUUUUGAUGGAUCAGGGACCUUUAUAGGGAAAGAAGUAUGUCACCUUUCUAGACAAAUACUAACUGGACAUUAGACUGGAGAAUUAAGUUAAAAGUACAGUAUAAAAAUGUCUAUGUUGGGAUAUUAAUACAAAGCAUGACAGUACACAAAAAGUGUAUAUUCUAUAUUGAUAAAACUACUUAUGAGCAUGGUACUUACAAAAAUAUAUAAGAAAGUUGCUCAAGUAAUAUGUUAAAGAAUAAAUAAAGGAAGAUAAAUUACAAAAGGUUUUGUGGCAUACUGAAGAAUAUCUAACCUGUAAUGACACAUGCUUUUAUGGGAUAGACUCUUCAUCAGUUGCAUGAAGUGCUAUCCUUACAAUGAUAGAUAUACACAGGGACAUGCAAAGUGAAGUUAGAUAGCAAUGAGAUGAAAAAGUUGCAGUCUGUAACACUUCCAUUGUAGGGCAAAUAGUUACCAUAACAGUAAUAGAUGCUAAUGAAAAAUGCUUAUGACUGAGGAAAUCCUAAAGUAAUAUUUUGUGUAAGUGCUUAGCAGUUUCAUAUGGUUUGUUACCCUCUCCCACUUUUAAAAAACUGGCAUUCUUGUCCUACAUUGUGUUAAACUUAACAAGGAAGUCUGUUAACAAUUGAGAUUUCUUACUGAUUAAGGUAUAACUAAUCAGAAUACACACACACACCCAAGAACAGAACUAUCUUGCAAAGCCUUAAUAGGUACUAUCUACUGUCUACUAUUAUAAAGGAAUUCCAGGAGAGACUAAACUCACCUGUAAUUGGGUGAUAUUUUUUUUUAAAGAAGCCUUGAUACUACCUGGUUUUAUUCCCCCAUGACCAGUUCCCUCACUAUAGAAAAUUGAUUAAUAUAUAAAUUUAAUCACAUUGGCUAAUUUUAAUCAGGUCCCAUUGUUUAGCUCAGACAUCCCUAAUUAUCCAUCCCCCCUUCACCUAGUAUCAAUGAUUAUCUUUGAGAAAUGUCUUGUUUAUCUAAUUACAGUAAUAAAACAUACUAAUUUCUCUCUAGAAUAAUUGUUUGGAAAAUUUAGUCCACGUUAGUGAAGUUUUCAAACUACCCUCUAAUUUGGACCAAAACUCAAAAUAUUUUUGUGAGAAUAAAAUGAAGUUGGUGUGUAGGGAAGGAGAGAACCAUGAAUGCUGUCUAGGGUUCCUAGAGGACAUAGAAACAUGCUUGCUUUUCCUGUCUUGUACACAACCUUAACAUUAUACAUUCCUCAAAGGUUUUUCUGUUUCCAGGAUUGAUAAGGAAAAGUUUUACACAGCAGCUUGGAUGCACUGUGGUGUCAGCUGCCAUUGGCUUGUUCUGGGGGGUAGAAGCUUGCUAAAUUACAAUGGCUAAUUAGAAAGAGCAUAUUUUAAUAUUUAAGUCAGUGUGAACAGUGGGAAGUGAUUGCAUAUACAGAUCCUGCCAGUAUAAGGUUCUGUUUAAUGAUGUGCUGUUUUUCUAAAGUAUGAUCUAAAUGUUACAUGCUCCUCAUGAUUGUACUGAACACACACAGCUGGGGGAGGGGGGAUAAAACACCCAGUUUGGGAAACACUUCAGUAUUAGCAAGAAGCUGAAGUUAAGUCACUUGCCAUUGUGAAGGUGGUCAGUUCAACAGAUUUUUGUAUUAUGUAGCAAAUGUAUACUUACAUAUUGCCCCAGUGGGACAGAGGAGUGUUUUCAACUUGCAUAAAUCUAUAGCAGUGUUGCAAAAUGUUUCCCAUGUAUGUAAACAGAUGGAAUCCUUCAUAGUGUCAUGCAACAAAUUGACAAAUAUGUCGUCUGAUUUCUAAGUAGCAAUACAGAUUGCUAGAGAUUGUAUGUAAUAUAUUUAUAAUAAACAUUUAAAUUUACUUCCUAAACCACAA